AUGAUUGUUUUUGAAGUAAUGAGAAAUUUUGUUGAGUGGCUUUCGAAAAAUCAUGCACACGAGACUAAGGAAAGUUUGGGUGCCGAUAUGUCUGUUGUACACUGUAGGUUAUUUGCGAGCGCGAAUAUGCCGAGGAGUAUACGAAAUGACUUCUCUAAACGAAAGCGGGAGCUGGAGGAAGCUCUCAAGGCUUACAAUAGUCGGGUAGCGGAAGAAAAGCAAAAUGUUCCGUCGCAAUUGCAACUUCAGCCAGUGAUUCCGACAAAGCAAUCACAAGAUCUGACAGCUGCAGGAUCAGGAGAAACGGAAACAGCAAAGCCUGAAGAGUUGCACCUAAGCGGUUGUGGUUCCUCUAAAUUCAAUGUCGUAUCGUGUCCACCGUCGAACUCUGGAAUUUUGUUUGGCCAAAUUUUGAAAUCUUGA